AUGGCCCGUCGUUCCUCCGACUCUCAUCUAAACGCCUUUCUACGUGGUGAACUACCAGCUAGCAUCGUUCCCGAUUUCUGCGAUAUUUCUGUAUUCAAAACCAUCAAAGAAAGGGCUAGGAAGACUCCAACAAAAUCUCAUAGCUUGCGUUUAUCUUACUUAAAAACCCUCCAAGCCUUGAAAGGCGCUGUAGGCCAAAAAGCUAUUUCAAACAAGCCCAGCUCUGUCAGCCGCCAAUUUGGUGCAUCCCUCUCCAGAUUAAUGAAAACGUUGGGGCAGGCUACCCCCUACUUUAUUCGGUGCAUAAAAUCAAAUAAUGAGAAAGUCCCCAAUCACUUUGAUGAUAAUAUCAUACUUCGUCAAUUACGGUAUACUGGAAUGCUGGAGACCGUACGUAUUCGCCGUGCUGGUUAUUCUGUUCGGAUUGAAUAUGAAUCCUUUGUCAACCAAUAUCGCAUACUGUUGCCUAAGGGACUAGCGUCAACAAAAAGUGAUAUCCAAGAGUUUAUGCGUUGUAUACCCAUAAUAGACUCGGAGGAGAAUAUACAAUAUGGAAAUACAAAAAUAUUUAUGAGAGAUCCAGAAAAGUUAUUACUUGAUGAUCAUCUACAUAGAAUUAUAAUGGAAAAAAUUUUAACGUUGCAAAGAUGGAUUAGAGCUCAAUUGGAGCAUAAACGCUACAAAAAGUUUAGAGCAGGCGUGAUUAAAUUACAGGCUCUAACUCGAGGUGUUUUGGCUCGAAUUAAAAUGCAGCGGAAACAUGCUGCAGUUAUUUGUAUCCAAAGUUGGUGGAGGAAAAUUGUUGCACAACGAAAGUAUAAAAUAAUAAGGCAUGCUGUAUUAGGAAUACAAUCACUUGCCAGGGGAAAUGCUCAGAGAAAAUGUUUGGAAGAGCGCCGUGCUUCAAAAGAAAAUAAGUCUAGUUCCCCUCGCCCUAUGAUCACCCGUCUUGUCAAAACAACGUUGCCAAAGUUGGAUAUCAACGACCCCGAAAGUUUAGCAGCCUUUGCUUCUCCUGAUUCUUUUGAUUCGCGCGAGUUGGACGAUGAACUUCUCCUUUCUAUAGGGGAGGAAGAAGAAUCUGAUGAAGAUGAGGAAGAGGAGGAGGAAGACGGGGAGAGGUUGGAAGAAGAAAUGUUCGAGCUUGAUGAUGAGAAAUUGGCAAAGCACAAAAGAGAGCAUCCCGAACUUGCUCUAGACGCAGACUUCAUUUUGGAAGACGCCCGUCUUAAACUGAUCCAAUCCCAUUCUUACGAAGCCAAAAGAAAAAUGAUGCAAAGACGGCAAUCUUUAGCCGCUACUUCUGCUAGAAAGCAUAAAAUGCUACGUCGGGCAGCGAGUACAGAAAGCGACCAAAUCCAGGAUUCCUCUUGUAAAGCUAAAGUAGUAAUAUUUGUUUAA